AUGACGACCAUCACCGGUUUCAAAGUCGAGGAUCUCCGCUUUCCCACCUCCCUCUCGGGAGAUGGUACGGAUGCGAUGAACAAGACGUAAGUUCCCUUUCUCGCUGAUUCUCAUCGGUUCCGGCGAGAGCGGCUCUGCCCUCCGUUCGCUCGCCCUGUCCCCCCUUUCUAUGAUCGAGAUUCGUACAUUUCCGCUCACGCUCGUUUUCUCGCUCGGCUAUCUCCCGAUCCCGCUCGGUGCCAAUCUUCUUGCUACGCCAUGCUCCGUUCCUUUCACAAAACACAGAUGCGAUUACAGUGCUGCUUACGUCACGCUCGAAACCGAUGGCAAGGAUAUCGGCUACGGCAUGACCUUCACCAUCGGCCGAGGCAACGACAUCGUCUGCUCGUGAGUACCCCUUUUCCGAGCUCGGAAAGCUUAUGAUCGGGCAACCUCAGUGGGGAGGACGGUACCUUUUUGUAUUAGUAUUCUGAACCAUGUCUUCAUCUUCGUCUUCGUCUUCGUUGCUGCAGUGCUGUUGAGCAAGUCGCCGAGAAGCUCGUCGGCAAGAAGACGGCCGACCUCUUCGCCAACAUGGGGCAAGCCUGGUCCCACCUCGUCGCCGACCCGCAGUUGCGAUGGAUCGGCCCCGAGAAGGGCGUCAUCGCCCUUGCCACGGCUGCCGUUGGUAACGCUCUUUGGGACAGUGAGUUGUAGCACAUCGAACUCGGUACCUCGCGCCUGCGUCGGGAUUAGCCCGGCUGACUUUUCCUGCCCCACCUCCCCCACCUCCAGUGUACGCCCGUCACGAGCGCAAGCCCUUGUGGCAGUUGAUCGCCGACUUCACUCCCGAGCAGUUCGUGUCGGCCGUCGCGUUCCGAUACUGCACGGACGAGAUCACACCCGAGGAGGCGCUCGAGUGGCUCAAGAAGAAGCAGGUCGGCAAGGAGGAGAGGAUCGCGCGCGUCAAGAAGGAAGGUUACCCGAGUUACACGACCUCGGUUGUGAGUCGUCUUUGUGAAAACACUGGUGCUUAGGUGUACUUUGAUCGACACUAUCUGCCUUGUUCGCAAUUUCCAGGGAUGGUACGGUUACUCGGACGAAAAGGUCGCGCGCUUGACUCGCGAGGCCAUCGCCUCGGGCUGGAACCACUUAAAGGUCAAGGUCGGAAACAACGUCGAAGACGACUUGCGCCGCCUCGCGCUCGUCCGCUCCAUCAUCGACGACCCGAAGGAGUGCGCCGGUCGCAAAACGCCCGCCCCCGAGACGAUCAAGGGCAAGAACGCCGGGCCGACCGGUUCGGUCUUGAUGAUCGACGCAAACCAGGUCUGGGAUGUGCAGCAGGCCGUCGACUACUGCAAGCGCUUGGCAGUACACAAACCUUGGUUUAUCGAAGAGCCGACAGCACCCGUGGGUGUAUUACUUCGGACCCUUCUGAUCGUGUACGAAGCUUGGCUUGCUGACGAUCCUCUCCCUGCUCUCUCGCUCUCUAGGAUGAUGUCCUCGGCCACGCCUCUAUCCGCAAGCAACUCAAGGGCGUCAUGGGUGUCGCAACGGGCGAGCACGCGCACAACCGAAUGGUCUUCAAGCAGCUCCUGCAAGCCGAAGCGAUCGACGUGUGCCAGAUCGACUCGUGCCGCAUGUCUGGUGUGAACGAGAUCCUCAUGGUGCUGCUCAUGGCCGCGAAGCGAGGGGUCCCCGUCUGCCCCCACGCCGGUGGUGUCGGGUUGUGCGAAUAUGUGAUCCACCUGUCCUUGAUCGACUACGUGUGCGUCUCGGGUUCGAUCGACACCAACGUGCUCGAGUACGUCGACCACUUGCACGAGCACUUCACGGACCCGUGCACGAUCAACUCGAACGGCCACUACAACGUCCCGUCGAACCCGGACGAAGGGUAUUCGAUCCACAUCAAGGACGAGUCCAAGGCGCAGUACAUCUUCCCGCACGGGUCGUACUGGUCCAGUCCGGAAGCCAAGAAGGCCCACGGGCUCGAAUGA